AUGCUACUCGUUCUUGGCUUCAUUAGCGUACUUGGCGGCCGGAGGAGUGGUGAGUGCGCUUGGCAUAUUGUUGGGGACCACAAGCGUGUAUCUCUGGGUCGGGAUCUAUACUUGUACUGCGUCGUCAUCUGCAGCGGCAUCUGCAACGUAUGCAAAUCAGAUUUGCCUGGUACUUGUAGUUCUUUUUCAUCUUCUUCUGCUGGAGACUUUUGGGAGAAUGGUGGUGGCUGUUCCAGACCUGCAAUAUGUGCUGUGGCUGCUUCACGCGGCUCCCAUGCUCCUGUCAAAUGCUGGCGCAGGGGUGUGGUUCCACACUUCAUGUGUGGUGGCCUUGCGUGUUCCACAACAUCUGUCCCUUAUGGCGACCGAGGUCUGGCGCAGCAUGCUCAGGAAAGCGAACAAGUGGCGCAACAUCAUCAAGAGCAAGAUGGCGUGGCGCAAGAUGCUCAGGAAAGUGAACAAGUGGCGCAACAUGAUCAAGAGCAAGAUGGCGUGGCGCAAGAUGCUCAGGAAAGUGAACAAGUGGAGCAACAUCAUCAUGUACAAAAUUCGGAUGUGUGUCAGUGCCUUCUUCAUCCGGUGCGGCCACAUCAGUGCUAUCACUAGGAAUGCCACUGGGGUCCUCCAGCGCUAUGGCAGAGCGACAGCCACUGGCCUUCUGUGCUACGUCACCGCGCCAACUUUCUGGCGCUGCGCCAGCAAUUUCGGCACUACUCUCUGGCGCUAUAUUACUACCUCUUCAGCGUGGGACUACAUCACCACUACCAGCGCUACUUCUUGGCGCUAUAUCACUACGUCCGCAGCGUGGGACUACAUCACCACAACCGGCACUACUCUCUGGCGCUAUAUAAUCACUACGUCUUCAGCGUGGGACUACGUCACCACUAUCGGCGCUAGCCGUGGGUCUGAUCGCAGGUCCUACCGCGGUCGUGCCAGGAUGACGCCCCAGAGUCGUGCUUAUGGCGUGUACUAAAAUUGUGAAGGAAAUGGAGGUGAAGAAAACUGGCCCGCCCCAAAAUGUUCUAUGUGUCUUCUUAAAAAUUGUGAGAGGUGGCAUCGUUUUCAUUUAUGUACUAGCACUUGGGAAAUCUCAGGCAGACUGCCGAAUACAUUCGCAGCAUCAUGUACUAGUCCCUGUUUCACCACCAUCACCAAUGCAGCCACCUCUAAUGAAAAGGAAACAGGAACAAGGACACGGACAAGGGCAAGCCGGCGGGAGGUCGUAAGGGUGGCAAGGUGGUGGCCUUGCUGUUUGUGCUUCUCGCAAUGAGUCGGACCGCGUGGCUUUUCGUCAUCACUAUUUCCGCGGCCCAUGCGCGUUACCUGCGUGGCAAUUAUAAAAAGAAUAUUAAGGCGCUCAAGAGCAGGCACUUAUUUAUAACAUAAUGAUAAAAAGAGGGGCUAUUAGCUCUUCUUCUUCUAGGUAGGGCUCCGCUGGAAUAUAUAAAGACAUUGAGACGAUAGUGGUUUCCUCUUAUUUUUGCAUAUGAGGUGCGCUGCAAAUCUUGAUUGGCUUUCACCUUUUAGGUGAAGGCUUAGGCCCCGCGACGCUCAAAGCACUGAUUGAAGCAACCGGUUAGUUUUCACCUCGCCAAGUCUCGGCUUAUCCCGUGCAACAAUAUAUAAAGACAUCGAGGAAGCAAGGCGGCGCCAGGGAUACAUGCAUUGUAUCAAGAUAGUACCCUGAACCUGAUGCCCCCUGGUGUCUAAUUCUACUCGCUCGUCUUUUGCCUUCGGCCUCUAUGUAUAAUUCAGCUGGAGAAGUAGCACUAUAGGAACAAGAGAACUAGUACUUACUAAAACCUAGCCACAUUCUAGCUCCCCAUAGUGGUCGCUAAACCACUCCUUUCUCGAUUUUUUUUCACUCGCGUCGUAAUGCUCAUUAUCCUUUCGUCAUCUCAGGCCGUAUCUACUCCAGCUUGCACUAUGUAUUCAUUAUCAUCUGACUUUUUUGUCUUUUUUUGUUGGGGUUUCGCGGUACUACACCUUCAUCAAAUUCCGUUUUUUACUGAUGUGUCGUACAUGUACUCAUACUGGCGGAGCUUAGUAAGGUUCUUAAAUGCUCUAAAGACCAAAUCGUUGUGGAUCACAUAGAAGCGGAGCAGGGCUGUCCCAGCAGCUGCGCUUCUAGUACGUUUCUGCUGCGCGGCAGUAGUUGUUGUCGGGGCCAGACUUCUACAGGAAAGGCUGGCGACGCGCAGGAGGCGGCGGUAAGUCCGACAGGAAAGGCUGGCGACGCGUCGGCGGUGGUGGUAAGUCCCAAAGGACAGGCUGGCGACGCGUCGGCGGUGGUAAGUCCGACAGGAAAGGCUGGCGACGCGUCGGCGGUGGUAAGUCCGACAGGAGAGGCUGGCGACUCGUCGGCGGUGGUAAGUCCGACAGGACAGGCUGGCGACGCGUCGGAGGAGGUGGUAAGUCCAAAAGGACAGGCUGGCGACGCGUCGGCGGUGGUGGUAAAUCCCAAAGGACAGGCUGGCGACGCGUCGGAGGCGGUGGUAAGUCCGGCAGGACAGGCUGGCGACGCGUCGGAGGCUGCCGGAGGCGGGCACGCGGCUGCAGAACUAGUAGCGAAGCAGAAGAAGGAGGCUGA